AUUUUCAAUUUUUUAAAACAGUUUGCAAAAUGGCAGAUCACACACUCUUCCUUGAUCCGUGAAUUCGAAAUCAUCGCUUAACAAGUUACAUCCCCUUGAGUGUCAUAUGGAAUGCAUCUCCUUAUCUUUUGCUAAACUAUGAUGACAUGUCUGUAGCUAUCAGAAAGAGGAGCUGGGAAGAGCAUGUGACCCAACAGAGUGAACAGCCUUUUAAUUCUGAUGAGUAUGACAUAGCAUGUCAUCACGGACUGGUAUCCAACAACUUGCAGGCAAGUAUGGAAAAAGAUGCAACCUUAAAUGUGGACCAUAAAGAGAAAUGUGCCUCUCUACCAGACUGCUGUGGUGGGUCAGAGACAGGAGACUUUCCUGGGAGGUCAAUGGGUCACAUUUCACAGGAGGUGGAUGAAAGUGACAGCCAGGAAGGGGAAGAGCAGUUUCUUUCGCUAGAGGCCAGCACAGAAACACUAGUGCACAUUUCUGAUGAGGAUUCUGAUUUUGAUCUACACCUUACCAAUGACUCACAGAUUUUAACUCCCCAGCAACAUGAAAGAGGCAGCCAAGAUGGUGUCGAAGGAGCAGGCUCCUUCGUGCAGACACUGCCCACCAUGCAAAGUAACCACGAUUCUCAGAACUCCUGGAGGAUGGCUGGUGAAGCUGACAUGUCUCCAGCAGAAGCAAGUGGGGAAAAGAAAGAUGCCGAUGCUAUAAGGAAAAGCCUGGAGCUUUGUAAGAAUAUAAGUUCAAGUGAAACAAAAGAUGUACCCAAAGUAAAUACGUUGGAGUCUUUGAAUGUGAAAGAUACCACACCUGAGACACAACUGCUUACUUCUGCAGUGAUGGCUCAACAACGAAGGAAACCUGACUCCCCUAAAGAUGAACAGGAAAAAAAUCACCACCCUGUAGUAGAAGAAGACUGCUUGGCUGCUCCUUCUGCAGACAGCGGGUUGCCAUUAUUAAAAGCAGAUUGCGGAAGCUACCUUCUGCAGCCUCCUUCCUGCCCUGGUGGAAUGUCAGCAGAAAAUGACCUGGAGAAGGGUGGGUUCUCAGGACAUCAAAACAGAAGCCCUCUCAAGGUCAGCACAGAAGAUGGCAUGCAGUGUUUACAUUUAAGGGGCCCAGUGACCACCCAGGAGACCAUAGACAAUCAAGUCAGACUGCGCAAGAGAAAGGAAACAAGGGAAGAUCGAGACAGGACACGGCUGGACUCCAUGGUGCUGCUAAUUAUGAAACUGGACCAACUAGACCAAGACAUCGAGCAUGCUCUCAGCACGGCCUCCUCUCCAUCCAGCACGCCAACGAACCUGCGGCGGCAUGUGCCUGAUCCAGAGUCAGGAUGUGAAAGUGGAACAGACAGUACCUCAGGAAAUCACACACAGGUGAAUCUGUGUUCUAACACCGGGUCUACCAAUCUAUCAGCUACUCCAACGAGCAAUUCUGGAACCAAACCCAAAACCAUGGUCACUUACUUCCCAUAUAGCCACAAGGACUGUAUGACACUCUUAGCUUCUCCUGUCCGGGGUCUGGCCACAGCUCUGCUUAGUUUUUGUGAACAGAUGACGGUGUGA